UCCUUAGGAGACGUCACCUCGUCGCUACUAGUGUUAGCUUAGCCACUCAGUGUGACUCUUGUUAAGGCCGCAGUUGAAGUUGUUCCUGCUCUGUGAAUUAUUUUGGGUGAACAAAAAAUGUUGGGCACAGUUAGUCGACAGCUGAAAAGCCACCCGGCUCUGAUCCCUCUCUUUAUCUUCAUCGGAGGUGGCUGUACGAUGUCUUUGAGUUACCUGGCAAGGCUGGCUCUCCGUAACCCAGACGUCUGCUGGGACAAAGCAAACAACCCUGAACCCUGGAACAAACUGGGGCCCAACGAUCAGUACAAGUUUUUCGCUGUGAACAUGGACUACACCAAACUGAAGAAGGAUCGGCCUGACUUUUAAAUCCAUCGAGUUUGGAGAAGCCUCCCCUUCAUGCUGAUGGACCAAGGGCUUGAGGAAAAUGAAAAAUAAAGAAGCAUUUUUCCCCCCUCCAGCUUUUUCCAACCCAACUUAACAAAUGUUGUCUGUAGUCAUUUGCUAAGACCUUUUUCUAAAUUAUUUGAAUCAAAAUUUUCCUUGUAUUUUCUCAUUCUUUGUGGUUAUCUACAGCAACACAAUAAAGGAGGCUUAUCUCCCUUGUACAGAGAA